AUGCCCGGCCUCCAGGAGCCAUCACACUCGCAGUCACCAACAGCUACCCGCAAGCGCAAGCUGGAUGAUGGCUCUGCCCUGGAAAUCGACCUGUCCGCGCCAGAACCUCCAUCAAAGAAGGCGCUUCGAAAAGCCAAAAAGAAAUCAGCGGCUUUGCAAACCGUAGAACCCUCAUUGCCUUCUUCAACAGAGCCUGUCACAGAUUCAAAUCCAACUGCAACAACUCUGGCACCCAAUUCUCAACCCACCGAACACACAGAGAAACCCUCCAAACGCUCCGAUUACGGCGUCUGGGUAGGCAACCUCCCCUUCACCGCGAAGAAAAGUGACAUCAGAAAAUUCCUCACGGGCUCUGGCACCCUGUCAAAUGAGGAUAUCACCCGCAUACACCUGCCCGAUGGCGCAAAGCAGAACGGCAAGGCUCAAAAUAAGGGCUUUGCCUACGUGGAUUUCUCAACCAGUAAGGCUAUGGAGACGGCUAUUGCCAUGAGUGAGCAGUUGAUCAAUGGUCGGCGGGCGUUGAUUAAGAAUGCGAAGAGUUAUGCGGGACGCCCUGAGAGGACGAAGGGUGGUGAAUCUGCAGCAGGAGGAAGGGGGGUGAAUAAUUCGUCCAUGGCAGCCCCUGGCAAGGAGCCCUCACAGCGGAUAUUUGUUGGGAAUCUCGGGUUUGAUGUGACGAAGGAGAUUUUGGAGGAGCAUUUUAAACCCUGUGGCAGCAUUGAGAGUGUACAUGUUGCGACGUUUGAGGAUUCGGGAAAGUGUAAGGGUUAUGCGUGGGUUGAGUUUGAGAGCAUUGAUGGGGCGGAAGCUGCGGUGAGGGGGUUUGUGAAGGUGCCUGAGGAGGAAGAUGAAGAUGAGGAGUUGGAGGAAGAGGGAGAUUCAGAUGCUGCUAGAGAGGAGGAAAGGGAGCCCAACAAUAAAAACGAUAGCGAGAAAACCAAAAAUAACCAUGCAAAGACGAAAAACAAAAAACCACGGAUGAAAAAGGUAUGGGUGAACCGGAUCUUGGGCCGUCCGCUGCGGAUGGAGUUUGCAGAGGACAAGGCUACGCGAUAUAGAAAGCGGUAUGGCAAAGAGGGGGCGGCGAAAGAUAAAUUUGCUGGGGGAUCUGGAGGGUCUUGGAGACAGGGCGGGGACAGUGAAGCGCCUGCUAUUGAGGAGGUGUCUGAGAGAAAGACUAAGGCGUUUCCACCACGGGCUGGGAAGCGUCAGGGGAGUUACGGCAAAGGGGCGGCUAGUAGUGGAUGCCGGUAUACGCAGGAUGUUGUCCAGAGACUUAGUGGAGCCAUUGUUGAGCCGCUGGGAAAGAAGAUUACGUUUGACUGA